GUUGAAGUGUCGCUUGUUAUGUCACGGAGAAAGGAAGAAAGAGGUAGAGAAAUGGAUGCGUACAUGCAGACUCUGGACCGACACGAACUGCAUCUAAGCCUGUCUGAAAAAAUGCGUGUCUCGCCAUUCGCCAAUACCGUACGGGAGAAAUACAUGCAUACUCGACCAGGUGCCAAGCCUACAACUCCGUACUUAGCAUCAUUCGUCAGCCGACUCGCUGCAAAGUGUUCUCCCCCUUGUCCACCAAACCCGCCCCGCCCCCCUUCCCCUUCUCGCCCGCCAAAGCCACACACAUUAAUGCAGGGGAAAAAACGAAACGAAGGAAGUGGGUGUGGGUGUCGGGUUUGAGAGUUGUACAACUCACCAACUGACUCACACCAACUGACAAAACAGGACAAAUGCGCUGACACGCUGCAUGGGGCCGCAAGCAGCUUGUGCACCGGUGGUACAGAGAUAAUAAACAGACUACCACUGGUGGAGCUUGCAGACAUCCACACGCACGCACACACGAAUGAAUAUCCUACACCCUACGCCGUAAAGGCGCGACUUCCAAGCCUUUCUGCCGGCUCAAUCACACAAGACGACACCACACAGGUCGACUGGCCGACAAAAAUCAAUGACACAAACUGCGCAUGAGCGACAAGGCGACGAAGGCCGAAUGUCUCUGUGUAUGUAUGUGUGUAUGUGUGAAGACCACGUACUCGGGAGGAGAGGGGCGGGCAGGAAGACACACCACACAAACCGCAGGCCGCACACGCAGGCAGACACCGAGACGAACGAAACACGUGCAGCCACUCACCCACCCCUAUCUGUACACGCCCCCACACACACCCAUCAUCCACAGCCAUCACAUCACAUCCCAUGCUGCCGUCCCCUCCGUCGCUCCCUGCCAUUGUCACAUACCACCCUCUGUCCUACACACAUACACAUGACAGACACGACUCCCCCACAGCUAGGCCGCCAAGUUGGUCAACACAGCCGGCUCGUCCGGCCCCGCUUACGACGAGGGCGCCGUCGUGUCCGACCCACUGUCCACCGGAAUCGGCUCCAUCUGCACCAUAUUCACCGUUGUGGGCGCCGGGGGGGCCGUGGGCGUCAUGACGGUGACGGCCGGCGGCUUGGUCGUUGGGGCGAGGGAUGCAUCAGCCUCCAUGAAGCGAAUGGCGAUGGCGUUGCUCACGCCGGUGUUGGCGUGGUAUCGGCCGCUGAUAGACCGCCGGCUGGCGUCGAAGCGGCCGGUGACGUCCACACGGAGGUUGUCGGUGCCCAUCUCGCCCCACGACACGCGGCCACUCCUGGCGCUAUAGACGCCGUUGACUGUGAAGGUGCCGUCCGCGUCGGUGCCAGUCCCCGUGACGGUGCCGUCGUAGUCGAAAGUCAGCUUGUAGGUGGUCGUGAGCGACUUGGUCUCGCCGUAGGGACCGCCCUUUGUGGAGAAGGGCACAUAAGUGCCGAGCCAUUCGCCAGAGCCAGGGAGAGUCUCGGUCUGCGCCGGCCCGGUGCGACUCCGCCGGCCGUUGGCAAGUCUUUGGAUCCAGCUGGCGAUGCCCACACAGCCGAGGCAGAGAAAGCCGAGCCCAAAGUACGCGCCUAGCAU